AUGACACAUCAUGAUUAUAAUUAUUUACAUCAACUUCGAUAUCGAUGGCAAAAAGAACAACAACUCAUUCGAAAAAAAUAUCAAAUUCCAUAUAAUAUGAUAUACUCAUUUACACAAUGUUCUACGAAAUCUUUAUUUAAUACUAAAAAAACUAUUAUAACAGAUGACAAUCAGAAAACAAGAAACUUUCGACUUGAUAAUCUCAAUAUACCACCGAUGUAUUGUUCGAAAUGUUGUUUAUAUAUUACAGAAUGUUCAUGUAUAAACGGACUAGGUCAAUGGUGGAAAAAUUUACAAACUAAAUCACAAUCAACAGAUAAAAUCUCAAAACUAUCGUCAAUGAAUUCACUUCAUGAUCGACAUGUUAAUUUUGAUUCUAAUUCAAUCGAUUUCUCAUCUAGUGAUAAGAAAAAAUCUCAAAAAUUAAACUCUAAUAAACAAUAUUAUGCUAUACUCAAUUGGAAUAAUCGACAAUCUCUUCUUAAUUUUCUUCAAACAAUUAAAUGUAAUAAAAAAUUCUCAACUAUGACAAUUGAACAACUACAUGAAUUUAUCAAUAAUAAUGAUCAUAUUCAUAUAUUCAACUCAAUUAAUGAUUUAAUACUUUUUAUAAAAAAAGAAAAUCAUUUUCAAACACUAUUUCAUCAAAUUUAUAUCGAAUCAUCUCAAUCACAAUUAAUUGCUGAUAAUCUCCAUCUCGAUCAUACUUUAUAUAGUAUAAAAAAAAUAGCUCGUCUUCUCGGUGUAAAAAUUGAUGAAUUCUCACAAGAAAAAUCAUUAACAAAACAUCGAAAAUCAUUACUUAAUCACCAAAUUUCAUUUAUUGCAUCAAAACUUCCUUACAACACAUUCCGUACGACUUCUACUCAUACGCAAUAA